AUGGUAUCUCCAAGGCCUGCGAGGAUUGUGGCUCAGAUAAAAGUGGUAUCUCCGAGGCCUGCGAGGGUUGCGACUCGAGUAGACUUGGUGUCUUCGAGGCCUACGAGGAUUGUGGCUCAGAUAAAAGUGGUAUCUCUGAGGCCUGCGAGGGUUGCGGCUCGAGUAGACUUGAUGUCUCCGAGGCCUGCGAGGAUGGAAUUGACGGCGAGUAUUGGGGUGUCGCCAUUUGAUGCUCUGUACGGGAAACAGUGUAGAACACCCUUGUUUUGGGAUGAAGUGGCCGAGCACAGGUCAGAGGUAUCUGAGGACGUGGAAAGAACAAAGAAACAGGUUGAACUGAGUAGAGAACGACUCAAGGCAGCUCAUAGCCGACAAAAGAGUUAUGUCGAUAACAGAAGAAAAGAUCUACAGUUUGGGGUUGGUGACUUGGUAUUCUUAAAAUUAUCACCUAGGAAAGGUAUAGUGAGAUUUGGGAAACGGGGAAAGCUAAGUCCCCGUUACAUUGGACCAUACGAGAUUUUGGAGCGUGUGGGCCCAGUAGCCUAUAGGCUUGCUUUACCCUUAGAUCUUUCCCGUUUUCACGAUGUAGUUCAUGUCUCGGUGCUCCAGAAAUAUAUCUCUGAUCAUUCCCAUGUUUUGGAGGAACAACCAAUAGAAUUGAAGGAUGACUUCACUUAUAUGGAGCAACCAGUUCAGAUUUUGGAUUUGAAGACACAUGUACUGCGUUCUAGGGAGAUCCCAUUUGUAAAAGUCUUGUGGAGGAGUCAUAAUGUGGAAGAGGCCACUUGGGAACCCGAGGACCAAAUGCGGGAUCAAUACCCUUUUCUCUUCGAGUGA